CACACAGCUCGAGUGACGGAAUUGGGUCUCAGUCCGUUGACAGACGUCCUAAAGGAACUCGGCGGUUGGCCAGCAGUUGCAGGCGAUGCCUGGAAAGAAGACCAGUUCUCAUGGACUGAAAUUGUGUACAAAUUCCGCACGAUGGGUUUCAGCGUCGACUACUUUUUCGACUUUUCAAUCGUCAACGAUUUGAAGAACUCCACCUGGCGCAUCAUCGAUAUUGAUCAGCCGAGUCUGGGGAUGAGCAGGAAGUACUUCAUGAAGGGGAUCAAUGACCCAGACAUUGUAGCGUACCACAAGUACCAGACGGAUUUGGCGAUACUGCUGGGUGCUGAUCCUGAAACUGCCAAAAAGGACAUGAAAGACGCCCUGCUCUUCGAAAUCAACAUGUCAAACUUUUCAUUGCCGGACGAGGAGCGUAGGAACACAACGAGUUUGUACAACAAGAUGACUGUGGGGGAUCUUGUACAACGUUGGCCGUCCAUCCCGUGGAUUGAUUACAUCAACAAGCUCCUGGCACCCUUUCAUAAAAUUGACAAGACCGAGCCCGUCAUCGUCGACGUGCCGUCUUACAUCACCGCCUUUGAAAAGCUCAUUGCUGAAACUCCUAAACGGGUAAUCGCCAAUUAUGUAAUGUGGCGAAUUGCAGCGGCAUCUGCGGGUUAUUUGACUGAGAAUGCGAGAGAUAUUCAGCUGGAAUUUUCUGCCAAGUUGACUGGACGGUCAGAGCAACAAGCCCGAUGGAAGGAAUGCAUGGGUGUCGUCUUGGGCAGUUAUUCAAAUGCCAUCGGUUCCAUGUACGUUCGCCGGUAUUUUGACGAGUCUGCAAAACACGCGGCAUUGGAGAUGGUGCAGGACAUCAGAGAGGAAUUCGAUGAUAUUUUGGACGAGAUCGACUGGAUGGACUCCAAGACCAGGUUGCGAGCCAAGGAGAAGUCGACGCGGAUCGUGUCCCACAUUGCAUAUCCGAGCGAGUUGUUGGAAGACAAGAAGCUGGUCGAUUUGUACGACGGGUUGAACAUGAAAGAAGAGUUCUAUUAUAAGAACAUGCUGGACCUGACUGUGUUUGGCACGGAUUAUUCUUUCAAGCGGCUGCGAGAGUUUGUCAACAAGACAGACUGGAUUAGUCAUGGAAAAGCUGCGGUGGUCAAUGCUUUCUACAGUCCCUUGGAAAAUAGCAUC